GUCAAAAUCGCAAUCCCCACACAACACCAACACCCCAUAGUGCGCGCGCCUUACGAGCUCACCUCACACACAGCAAAAAGCUCUCGCCUUUCUCUCUGGUAGCUUCGCCUUGCUCUCCAGCUUCUGCUUUUGCUGCCGCCCAUGGCCGAUCCGGCCGCCGAGGAGACCGUCCCCGCGCCGCCGCCAACCCCGGCGGUCGACCCCGCCGAGGGUGCCUCGGACGCGCCGCAGCCGGUCGAGCUGCCCGCCGACACCGCCGCCGCCUCGCCGGAGAAGGUGUCGUCGCCACCACCGGAGCCGGCGCCGGCGGUGAGGAGCCGGGGGUUCAGGCUGCUCGGGGAGGACACCUCCGUGCACAAGGCUCUUGGGGGCGGUAAAACUGCUGAUGUACUAUUAUGGAAAGACAAGAAGACAUCCGCUGUAGUGAUUGGUGGUGCAACUGUCAUAUGGAUCUUGUUUGAAGUGCUUGAUUACCAUCUCUUGACUCUGCUUUCCCAUGUGAUGAUUGGUGCCUUGGCCAUCUUGUUCCUGUGGUCAAAAGCUACCACAUUUAUCAAGAAGAGUCCACCAGAUAUUCCUGUAGUACAGAUACCUGAAGAUGUCGCCGUGAACGUGUCACGAGCAUUACGCAGUGACAUAAACAGAGCACUUCACCUGUUUCGGGAGAUCGCGUUGGGGCAUGACCUAAAGAAGUUUCUGGGCGUGAUUGUUGCUCUCUGGGUUCUCUCAGAAGUAGGAAGCUGCUGCGACUUCCUCACCUUGAUAUAUGUUGCCGUCCUGAUGCUCCACACGGUGCCGAUCUUGUAUGACAAGUACCAGGAUAAGGUCGACCACUUUGCUGGAAGGGCUCACUCUGAGGCCUGCAAGCACUAUGAGGUGCUGGAUGCCAAGGUUUUGAGCAAGAUACCCAGGGGCCCGGUGAAGCCAAAGAAGAACUAGAAUAAGUUGCGCAAGGGGACUCGAUUCGGAAGGGUGGCGUCUUUUGUCGGGUUUGCGAGUUCUCAGGUGUACCCAACUGCGUCGCGUCCUACUGACGGUAGCAGCUGAAUGUUCGUUCUGCUUGAUGGGUGGUUUGCUGGCUUCGCUGCUGUGUGCUUCAGUGAUGCCAGUUCAUGUUCAUUCUAUCUUGAAGCCUGUAUCUAAAAUAUCUAAACGUGACUGAAUGCUACGUUUCUGCUACUGAAGCUGCCUGUAGAUAUCCGUGAUAAAACAUGAUAAACCCUUGUUCAUGAUAUUCGUGUUGUUCGGUAUGUU